AUGCCAAAAACCGUGGGAAAGAAAGAAAUACUUUCUUCGUCUGAAAGACUUCUUUAUGGAGAUGACUUGCAUCCUUCUUGUGUUUUGCAGUUUUAUGCUAACAGAGAGUUGGAAGUUUUUGUUGAUGUCAGGCAUCGUGACGGAGCAUGGAGAAACGCAGACGGCAGUGUGCUGAAGUGGAACGUGAUGACCACUUCUGUUAAUUACGAGAAUAACUGGGAUUCCAGUGGUGAUAGUGAUUUAUGUAAAGGGGCCUACAACUUGGUAUAUGUUUAUAUGGAUCAUUCACAGUUACGAUGGGGGGCUUCAAGGUGUAAUGUAUAUGGUAAAGUUUUGUGUUCUGCUGAAUUUUGGGGAACCUGGAGUUCUUGGAACAGCUGGAGACCCCAAAUUUGUCCAGAAUCGGAGCAACAAAAUAGGACCAGAUUUAGUACUGGUAGACCAAAGUGUAACUCACCUGAUAAAACUAUUGUCUCUGAACAAAUAGAUUUGAGGACAUGUAGACCGAAGCGAUUAGACAUCCUGGUCGGCACCAUUGGUCAGCGGCUACAGACUCACACAUAUGACAGGCUUAUCAAUGUGGAUACAAUGGCGACAUGUGCCAUGAAUUGCAGGAGACAGAAAGGGCCGUGUCUGUCGGUUAACUACAACAGAGAAACUCACGUCUGCGAAUUGAAUGACGUCACCAUGGUUUUAAACCAGAAUGACGUUGUUGCAGAAGAGCAUUGGGUGAACUUUGCGUUCAUGGCGGACGAAACAGAUGACGGAAACUAG